AAGAGAAACAAACAAAUUCACACUCGUGUUGAGGCUUGCAGUGAAGGUGAAUUCAGUCAUCAUCCCUGGUUGAUUGAUUUUUUAAAUGUUUUUAUCUAAUGCAGACAUUAUUUUAUAAACGAUGCCAAACAAGGAAACACGUCAACGCUUAAAUAUUCAAAACAUGAUUGCCCUCCGCGUAGCUUGUCAGGCAGACGUUUUCAAAUGUGUGCCACCGCAAAAAGUCUCCACCAGUCAUAUUGGCUUUUUUUUGGGUAUUGUGUUGAAAAACUACGAUUAACUCAGCUAUGCUUGGACUUUAAGUCUCUAAAUGCUAUUCAAUAAUGGCAGCUCUGUUUGCAUUGUGACUAGAGGCGCUGCCUGAGAAACAAUACUCAGGGUGAAAUUCAGCAUAAUAUCCCAGCAGGCUGAGUUACCAAGGAGACGAGGGCUGUGGUGCUAGUCUCUGCUAGCCGUUAAACUAGCCGUUAAACUCGGAGGGAGACUGGAGAGGACUCCCGGUGCUGCAUGUUUUUGUGUACGGGGACCUUUGUAACAUGGCAGAGCUGCACAUUAUAGGCCAGAUCGUUGGGGCCGGUGGUUUCCCGCAGAACAGCUUAUUUUGUAAAUGGGGAGUUCACACGGGAGGAGCAUGGCGUCUUCUCUCCGGGCUGAAAGAGGGUCAGACCCAGGUGGAUAUCCCCCAAACAGGAGACAUGGCGUACUGGAGUCACCCGAUUGAUGUGCACUACGCGACUAAAGGACUCCAAGGCUGGCCGAAGCUUCACCUCCAAGUGUGGCACCAGGACUCUUUCGGGCGCUGCCAGUUGUAUGGUUACGGAUACUGCCAUGUCCCCUCUAGCCCAGGACACCACCGGAUAAACUGUGCGACCUGGAGGCCGCUCGGCUCCUGGCAAGAGCAGUUCGCGCAAAUGUUUGUCGGCGGUGGACCCCAGCUCCGCAGCCCGGACCUUGUGUACAGCGGGGCGGACAGAUACAGACUGCACACCGAAGCCAUGGGUACUGUGGAGCUGGAGCUGGGCAUCAUCAUGAGACACUUUGACAAAUAUGGCGUCGAGAGUUAACACGGUGAAAUAAAAAAGGACUUAAGGAACUUGUGAUGGAUUUUAUAUUGUUCAGGCGGCAGUCUUACACGUUUUAAGUUUUGUACUUUUUAAAAUAAAUUGCGUUUGUUGUUUAGCUAUAUAAGUGAAUGUGUAAAUAAAGAAACUAUCGUCUUAACGAAGA